AUGACUUUCGAUACAAAGCGAUUCAUGACAGCUUGGACGACGCUGACCGAGACACUCAUACUCGUCUAUCCCCUUGGCUUACUCGAAGACCAUCUGAUGACUGUCGAUGGUUCCCCCGUUUACGUCGACGUUCCUGUGAACUUAAAGCGCUGGCACGACGUCGUCAGCUUCUUCAACGUAAGCUUGAGGGAGCUUACCAAAAUGAAUGACCCAGCAACCAUGCUCGAGGAAAGUCGCAGGGUGUUGAGGGGAGUGUUAAUGCAAUACGAAGGCAUUGAUACAAAACGGGCAGAAAAGAUCAGGGAGUUCAAGUCUGUCCAGAACUGGCUUGGAGGGAACGAUGAGAUUCUGCUUGUUAUUCUCGUCCUCGCACGGCCCCUCAGCGAAGCCAAAUCCUCCGGCCGCGAAUCCCGCUGGCACCACAUCCUCAAGUUCUACGAAGAGGAGCUCAUCCGUCUGGAAGACAGGGAGCCGCGCGAUGCGCUGCUCACCAGUGCGGGCGCGUUGCCAGUGAUUUUACGCGGCUAUGCGGGUAUUGAGAAGGAAGAUGCGAUUCGGAUUAGUAAGAUUGCGUCGGUGCAGAAUUAUGGGAAUGGGAGUGAGGAGGCUAUUGAGGCUAUGAUUGAUUUGCUUGUAGAUUUGGAUGUGCAGUCUAGGGGAUGA